GGCCUCUAUCGGUACUCGUUUUGCCUCCUUGCCCUCAUCUGCACCGUUUCUCUACGUGUAAAAGGCCUAUUUUAUGUCUUCUCGUCUCAAUGGUUACUCGGACGCCAGUUCAAAACGUAAUGCUCGAGGAACCGUGGAUAAUCGAACCGAGAAUACAGCAGCAGGACCUAGCAGACUAGAAAUUGUUCACAAAGCAUUGUUGGCACCGUUCAGCCAUAGAAAGACGGAUUCGUCUAAAAUACUAUCAGACUUAGCGCCUGUGAUCAUGAAUCCACGACUAUUAAAUGCAUCUACGGUAAAUUCAAGGCAGCGUUCCACUGUAGGGAAUUCAACCAUUGGACGGUCUCGUAUGGAUUUUGCUACGCUAGGGCGCGCUCCACUUCGACUAGGAAUGGGCUCUCGACGCAUAACUUCACGCGAUCUUGAGAUUGUAGAGGCCACUGAGGAACUCCUCCUAUCUGAAGUACCCGAGCCGGAAGGUGUAGCCUCGAACGUCAGUCUCCUUCGUGGUUUCAAUGCGACCAUACCUAGCGCAGAGCAAAGUCGGACACGACGAAAGCAAAUGCGGAGUGUUGAUGCACCGCAUCUUGGGCUCAAGAAGUUAGGCAUGCAUGCCCGAGGAAUGCUCGCCGAUGACGACGACAGCCAUAGCCUUACCAGCGAAGAUGACGUCGUAAUGGUUCCACGCGCUGACGCCAUCCGAAAGACGAAGAGGAGAAAGGGCAGAGAAAGUCUAAGUGCGUCGAAAAUACUGGGCAAGGAGGAAUUGUCGCGGCAGAAGAAGGAGAUCCUGCGGGAUAAAGAGAACAUCAAUAUUCGAAGAAGUUUGAUUAAUGGAGAAAUAGCAGAGAUCACAAACAAAAUACAGGCAUUGGAUAACAUUCGAAAUAAACUUGAGCAGGAUCUCCUAAAAUUGCACGAGGAUGAGUUGGAGCUGGACGAUGAACUCGUGGGUGUUCGGGAACGACUUGAAUUUGAGCAAGAGUCAAGUCGAACUCCGAAACAGAAUUCUCAACCCAUACAUCUUCCCCAGAGUUCACGGCGACGAAAAGGACCUGCCUUCCUACCUUCGGAACACGACGAGCUCCCACCAGGCGUGGCAUUCAUGACUCUGGAAUCACAUAGGACGCCAAUAACGGCUCUAGACUUUUCUGAGCCAUACGGCACCCUUGUUAGCGCGUCCCAAGAUGACGCCCAACCAUUAGUCUGGGACCUUUUCUCCGGGACAGAGAUUGGUCGUUUACGAGGUCACACUGGAGCAGUGAAGUGCCUACAGGUGGAAGAUCAUGUCUGUUUAUCCGGAAGUGAAGACAGUACAGUACGACUUUGGGACUUGCGAAGAGUAGAGAGUGAUGAUACGGAUGGGUGGGGAGACGAGGGUGAGAUCGUCAGUCUUAGCGACAUUACCGAGGAAAGCGAGAAUGGCGACGAGCCUCUGCCAAGACCGAAUGGAAUUCGGAACGGUAGAGAACCCUCGGAGCGGUGGAAUGAUCCAUGCGCCAGAGUACUGGAAGGCCACACCAAGGCCGUAACUACUCUGUACUUUGAGGAUAACUGCUUGGUAACAGGUGCUUCGGAUAAGACACUUCGACAAUGGGAUCUAACGACGGGACAAUGUGUUAUGACUAUGGAUAUCUUAUGGGCGAUGUCCCACUCAGCGACAUCAGUCCCUGGGUCAUUACCAAAUGGCCUGUUCUCUGGCGCCGCUGCAUCGAUCGGCUCUUUUGCGGUCCCAACACCCCCAUUCUCAGAUGGAAGCUGGGAGAUGUACGAAGAUUUCGUUGGUGGUGUACAGUUUUGGGGUUACGGUCUGGUUAGCGGCAGUGGGGAUGGCGCGGUCCGAAUGUGGGACAUGCGAACUGGACAAGCCCAUCGAACACUCUUAGGUCAUACCGGACCAGUAACGUCUAUCCAAUUUGACGAGAUACAUAUUGCGAGUGGAAGUCUGGAUAAGUCUAUUCGGAUAUGGGAUCUUCGAACUGGAGGCGUAUUUGAGACACUGAAAUAUGACCACGCUGUCACCGCCUUACAGUUUGACACUCGAAAAUUGGUUGCUGCAGCUGGUGAAAAUGGCAUAAAGGUCUACAACAGAACGAGCAUGCAACAGUCAACGCUAAGUACCAACGGACACACCCACCCAGUACAACGGCUAAGGUACAUGGACCGAUACCUUGUCUCCGGGGGUCGCGAUUCCACGGUCAAGAUUUGGUCACUAUAGCACGACAAUAAUUAUGCGCAUAAAAGUUAUUUGGUUUAUACUGGUCUGGUUGGCAUAUACACAUGGACAUCCACAAACCAAUAUCCCCUGCACAUCAAAUGUAUUUAUACGCAAUACAGUACAUAGACUAACCUCUUUCAGUGCAUGUACUGUUGAGAGC